CAUCAAAACCAUCUUGCCAGAACUGGGCUCGUUGUCAGCGUCGCUAAGUCUUCAGUGGACCGGUGUCGUCUUUUUUUCAGUUUCUUGCUCAGUUCAAUAUCUCUCUCCACAUUAGCCAUGAGUUUCACAGAAGAGGAACUUGCCGAAUUCAGGUCGCAGUUUGACACAUUCGAUAUCGAUCGCAAUGGCCAUAUUACCUGCACUGAGCUCACCGAUGUCUUCAAGGCGUUGGGCGAGUCAGUACCUGGAUACAAGGUCCGUGAACUUAUAGCUGAGGUCGACAAAGAUAAGAACGGCACAGUGGAAUGGGGCGAAUUCUUGACGAUGAUGGAGCAGGUGCGCUCCAAGAAGACGAAGUUUGGCCUUGCCGAAGCAAGUGAGAAGACGAAGAAGCUCGUCAAGGUGGAGGGCAUGUCUGCUGCCUCGUCUGCUGGAACCACCCAUUCGUUCGACGAGGAUGAGACUGUGUCGUUCAGUGACUGGAUCAACUAUGUGCUGAAGGAUGAUGCCGAUGUGCAGUCUAAGCUGCCAAUCGGCCCGGGUGAUCUGUUUGAUGCCGGAUCUGAUGGUAUCCUCUUGUGCAAGCUGAUCAACGCCAGUGUGGAGGGAACCAUCGAUGAGCGUGCCAUCAACAAGAAGAAGCCAAACAAUUUCAAGAUCCACGAGAACCAGACGCUCGUUCUCAACUCGGCCUCCGCUAUCGGCUGCAGCGUCGUCAACAUCGGUGCUGAGGACUUGAUCUCUGGAAAGCCUCACUUGGUUCUCGGCUUGAUGUGGCAGAUCAUUCGCAUUGGUCUGCUCGCCAAGAUCUCCCUGAAGAACAACCCGAACCUGGCUGUCCUCUUGAACGACGGAGAGUCACUGGCCGACUUCCUCAAACUGUCACCGGAAGAAAUCCUGCUCAGAUGGUUCAACUAUCACCUCGAAAAGGCUGGCCAUGGCCGCCGAGUGCGCAACUUCAGCGGUGACAUCAAGGAUUCCGAGUGCUACACCAUCCUGCUGUCCCAGAUUGCACCAGCCGAUUCCGGUGUGGACCGCUCUCCUCUUCAGGAAAGCGACCUGAACAAGCGUGCAGACAGGAUGCUGCAGCAAGCCGACAAGAUUGGCUGCCGGGCGUUCGUACGACCAGCUGAUGUAACGAAAGGCAACGCCAAGCUCAACUUGGCCUUUGUUGCCAAUCUCUUCAAUAUGUAUCCGGCACUGGAGCCAAGCGAAGAAGGCCUCCCCGACUUUGACCUGGGCGACUUCGAUGAGACUCGGGAAGAGAAGACAUUCCGCAACUGGAUGAACUCCCUGGGUGUUACUCCGUUCGUCAACAACUUGUACUCGGACCUCAGCGAUGGACAUGUGUUGCUUGAGCUCAUGAAUAAGAUCAAGCCAGGUAUCGUAGACUGGAACAAGGUCAACAAGCCACCGUACAAGUUGGGCGGACAGAUGAAGAAGAUCGAGAACUGCAACUACGUUGUAGACCUCUGCAGGGAGCUCAAGUUCUCUACGGUCGGAAUCGGUGGACAGGACAUCAACUCUGGCAACAAGACACUUACGCUUGCUGUCACCUGGCAGAUGAUGCGUGCUUACACCAUCAAGCUGCUCGAAACCCUGGCCGGCGGCGGAAAGACGAUCAACGAUGCUGAUAUCGUGGACUGGGCCAACAGGACGCUCGCCGAUGGUAGCAAGUCGUCCAGCAUCCAGAGCUUCAAGGACCCAUCCAUCGCCACGAGCCUCCCUGUCAUCGACAUUGUGGACUGCAUCCGGCCAGGAUUGAUCGACUACGAACAAGUCAACGAUGCCUCCACUGAUGAGGAUAAGCUGCUUAACGCCAAGUAUGCCAUCUCAAUGUCCAGAAAGUGCGGCGCACGGAUCUACGCGCUGGCUGAGGAUCUUGUCGAGGUCAAGCCAAAGAUGGUACUGACUGUGUUCGCCUGCCUGAUGGCACGUUCUUUGCAGAAGGCGUAAGAACUGAGUUCUGUACGCUAGUACGGAGUUUUUCCCCAGAUGAAAGGCAACACUGAAAUGUAAGCUUCACGAUCUCUAUUUCCCCCAUUGCAGUGCCAUUUGCAGUGCCAUUUCUUCUCCACAGAUAUUGCUUCAUGCUAUCAUUUCUGUUUGGAUUCAGAGCUUCAUAUCUUGCAAUGAAUUGCAUUUUUUUGGUCCUCAGCUUCAGCCUCUCCCCUUGAAAAGGUGGCUGCUGAGUUUAGUACGUUGGUGCAUGCAAUUUUUAAUAGUGGACUUAGCAUCUAGCAUCGAUUUCAAAGCACUUUCACGUGCGAUUUUCAUCUAUCUCCAAACUUAUUUGUGCCGUUUUCUUUUUAUGUGCAAUGAAUUCAAGAUUUGAAAGCAGAAA